AUGGCAUCGUGGACGUUAGGCAAGAUCUUCUCGGUGGACGAGGAAGAACAAUACGAUGACGUGAAAGAGACCAUUCCCGAAAGCGACGACGACGACGGAUCGGAUUCCGAAGAUGACGAAGACGCCAUGGCCGCCCAAGCGGCCUUUAACAAGAACAAACAAAACAGCAGCAGUGCCCGACAUGAUGAUAAAGCGAUUGGAUCCAGCCGCAGCAUUCGUCGGUACGAUGAAUACGGCGACUUUAUUUCGAGAUCCGAACGAGCUCGGGCCGAAAAGUCCCUCUCCGGGAUGCAUGCGGCGCAUACCGAGUCGCAACAAAACGAAAAGGCGGGCAAACGACGAGUGAGCUUUGCACCCGAUGAAAGUCUGGUAACUUCGGUUCAUGAAAUACCACUGCUGACGGACGAAGACAAGCAGAAUUGCUUCAUGACAGCGGAAACUUGGCAAUCGAUGGACACGGAUAUGGACAUUACAAUCAAGCGCUGGCAGAAUCACAAAGAAGGUCUGAUCAAGUUUGACGAAGACAACAACACCAUUCGUGGAAUUGAGGACAUUGUCUUUCGUUUGGAUAAGAACAAACCAAUCUACAAACACCGCAAGACGGUGCUGGAAGAAGUCGUACGGCAAAAGAUGGAAAACGAAUAUCCCAAUAUGAAAAAACUGUCGGCAAUAUCCGAAGUUAGUUCGUCGACACACAGGGAACAGGCCAAAGUGCUCGGCCUAGAAGACGAAAAGGAACGGAAACGUGUCUGGUCUCCCAAACCACUCAACCUGGCACGGGCGAUUUCGGCACCCGUCGCGGGCAGCAAGAAGAAAAAGGACAAGUCCAAACGAAAGGGUAGCAUUUUUGGAUUCUUCAGCAAAAAGAAGUAA